AUGAAAGCUCUCUAUCUUCUACUCUUCCCCCCCCUCAUCGCCGCCAUCAAUGGAACCAACAACACCGACUGCUCGUGCGGCUACCGCGACGGCGCCAACCUGUGGACCGACUCGCUGAUCGUCUACUUCAACGAAACCGACUCCCUGCAGGAUAGUGGCUUCGAGGCCCAGGUGUACAAGCACCACUACGAGAAUGGCUGGAACAACCUGUUCCGCCAGGGCGCCGACCUGGCGCAUCUCACCUUCAUCCCCAACGAGUCGCUGGCCCUCAACCUGUCCGUCGCCACCCCCGACCACCUCGUCAUGGGCGCCGCCAUCCAGACCCUGCGCCAUGACAUCCAUUACGGCUCCUUCCGCUCCUAUCUCAAGGCGCCGCUGGCCUGGACCGGCGGCAGCGCCCUGACCAUGGAGCUGCUGUACAACCAGACCGAGACCUUCAGCCUCAACCUCAACAGCGUCGAGAACGCCACCGAGUCGCGCAUCACCAUGCUCGUCAACCGCGAGUUCCCAGACUCCAUCUACGGCGUCAACUACACCACCCUCGUCGACCGCGACCAGGUCAACCCCUGGGAUUUCACCGAGUACCGCCUCGACUGGUCCCACAACGAGAUGCUCUUCUUCCUCGGCAACGAGUCGCAUCGCAACAUCUCCCGCAAGCAUCUGCCCUCCCUGCCCUCCGUCCCGGGGCCCAUCCAUUUCAAGCACUGGUCCACCGGCAACUAUUACUCCAUGCAGGGGCCCCCCUGGCAGGAGACCACCGCCAACAUCGGCUGGAUUCGCUUCUUCUUCAACACCACCUCCAUGUCGACGGAGCAACGGCAACAAUUCGACGCCCGCUGCAACUCUUCUUCCUCCUCUUCCUCCUCUUCCUCCUCUUCCUCCUCUGUCUGUUCCGUCGACGACACCUCCCUCCGCGGCUUCACGGCCUACUCCCACAACGCCACGGUCCGCUGGCAUCAGCACCACGCCCCUUACUCGGCCCGCUUCGCCUCCAUCUCCCUCAUCGCCAUCUGCAGCACCCUCAGCGCCGGCCUCAUGCUGUACUCCUUCCUGCAGCGCUCGCGCCAGAACAUCCAGUCCAGCUCCUCCACCGAGCGCUUCGUUCCCUCGCCCUCCAUGGAGCCGCCUUUUCCCCCGGAUUCCGCCCUCGCCACCCCCGGCCCCGAUUCCGGCACCGUCACCCCGUAUGGCGAUCAUGUGAUCAUGUCUGGUCAGGUGACACCCCUGGCCAAAGGUCACAUGGUCAGUCUUGAUGGUCACGUGAUUACAGAUUCGAGUAACGUGACCUUGGUCAACAACCCUAACCCUAGUCAUGGGAUCACCGAUGCCAGCCUCGCGACCCUGGUCAAUAACCCUAACCCUAGUCACGUCUCCCUGCUGGUCACCGGCAUCCAUUUCUGCCUGACCUUCGCCAACGCCGCCAUCAACCCGGGCGCCUACAUUCACUACAACUCGGAAGUAUGGGCGCGCAAGACCAUCGUCCCCUUCACCCUCAACCAGAACUGGAUCGGCCCUUUCCUGAUGACCUCCAGUCGCUUCUUGGCUGCCAGCUACCUGAAGAACGGCAGUCUGGCGGCCAUGGCUGAGAAGACCGUCGGCCGGACGCCGCGCAUGUUGAUCCCCGUCAUUGCCAUCGCCCUGCUGGAGUAUUUCCUCAUGGACGCCGGCGCGACCAAAUGGCUCGAGUAUCUGGCCAGCAUCAGCUGGUCCACCUGGCCCUUCACCGUCGAGUACACCAACUUUGGCACGUUUAUCGCCGAGAUCAUCGAGCUGAUGUAUCUGAUCCCGAAUGCCGCCCCGCAGAUCACCUUCAACUACUGCACUGGUGUGUUGUGGACGAUCCCCGUGCAGCUGCAGGGCUCGUGGACCGUCCUGCUGGCGGUGCUGGUCGUCGCCGAGAUCAAAACCCCCUGGAAGCGCUUCGGCUACUACGCCGUCGCCAUCGUCACCAACUGGUACGGCCUCAACUGGGGGUCCUACUUCUGGCUGGGCCUGCUGCUCACCGACCUCGACCUGACCUACAACUACCGCCCCUGGCUGCGCGCCCGGCCCUGGCUGUACUACCCGGUUGUCGUCCUCAGCCUGGUGAUGGCCAUCGGUGGCCUGGGUAUCGACUUCACCCCGCAGUGGACCAACGUCCUGUACGAGACGUACGAGUACGGCAUCCAUCCAGACUGGCAGACUGGACGCCCCAUCGCGCAGACGUCGGGCGCAGGCUAUCCGCAGUAUUACAUCCCGCGUCUGAACGGGCUGGUCUUCAGCUUCGGCCUGCAGACCCUCGUCGAGCUCAGCCCCGCCGUCCAGAAGCUCUUCUCCUUCAAGUUCUUCGUCUACGUCUUCCCGCACAUCUUCACCAUCUACCUCAUCCACGGCUUCGUCUUUUGGUCCUUUGGUUCCGCCCUGUGCAUCACUUUUGCCAGCCUGGGGCUCCCCUACUGGGCCAACAUCUCCCUCGUCGCCCUCUGCUGCUACUCCACCAUCAUCGUCAGCCUGCCCUUCCUCACCCCGGUUGUCGAGACCCUGGGCAAGAAGGUCACGGCCGAUAUCUGGCGCAUGGCCCAUGAGGUCCCGACCAUGAGGAAGCCGACCUUGUAUCCAUGGACCAAGACUUUGAUUUUAGACAGGGGGUCUGCUUGA